AUGGUUUUGAAAAAUACGACAGAAAGCCACGUGCUUAGCCACAGGAGAGGGCAGGUGAAAGGUCAGAUCGAAUGCUUGUUGACAGGAGCGAAUGAACUGAGGAACGUCAGAGAACAUUUCACGUUGUCUCGUGAAAUCAGAAAUCAACAUCAGCUUCUUGUCUUGGACCUCAAUCUGAAGCGGUCGAUCAACAGUGAGAUCGAAGACAAUUCUAAUGAUAAAGGAGUGGAGGCUGAAAGAUGCGCUCCACGGGAAGUUAUAAAAGAAAAAUCGGAUGGCCACUGGAACUUCAGAGUGGAUACAGUAUGCGAGCAGAUGGCCAACUUAAUCAUCGAGAAUGCCAGAGGUGCAAUCGAAUAA